AUGGAUGGAAAGGAUUCAGAAGAACCAAAGCAAAGCACUGCUGAUAUGACAGAUUUUGUACAAAACCUUCUUCAACAGAUGCAAACCAGGUUCCAGACAAUGUCUGAAUCUAUUGUUUCAAAGAAUAUCCUUUCCCUGCAUUUUUUAUUUUGCUGGAUUGCAAUUGUUUGUGGAAAUAGGUUUGGAAUUUUAAUUGGCUUGACCAUGCUGCACUUGUUGGAUGAGAUUUCUGUGCAUCUAAUUGGCAUUAAGAAUAAAGAAGAUGCAUUGUUUGUCGUGUUCCUCCAUAACUGCAAUAUACUUGAUGAAAUGGGAAACCGGAUAAAUGAGCUGGAGCAGAGCAUCAACGACCUCAGGUCAGAAAUGGGUGCAGAGGGGGGCUCUCCAUCUCCUUUGGCACCAUCCAAAAAGCCCGAUGAGGUGAAACCAGGGGAAGUUCAUACUUACCUUUUCUGGUUCCCAAAUGUUGUUGGGAAGAUAGAGCUGGCCUACUAUAUGGGACUAGUAUGUGCCGAGACAUCUAUGAGGUUAAGAUUCUUUUUUGAUUAUUUUCUUCUGGACGUUACGAUGACUUGCAUAUUUUCAUCUACAUGGAUCUUUGCUUAUUGUUUUGAGGUACGGUUUUUAUUCCCUGCUGGUGUUGUGAGUCUGUGA